AUGUACCACCAUCCGUCCCCCGCGGCUGCCUCCGACGCGCCGAAGCGCAGGGCUGCGGCGGCAGCUGCGGGUAACGGGGGCUCGAAGAAGCGGGGAAGCUACAACUGUGGCCGCUGUGGGCUGCCUAAGAAGGGGCAUGUCUGCCUAUCCACUGGCUCUCCGGUCAGCGCCGCCGCUUCCCCCUCCUCCGACGCCCAGCGUCUCCGCCGGGCUCUGUCCUUUGACGAGGACCGGGGGGCUCCGGCUGGGCAGGCGGAGGAGAUGGGGGUCUAUGUACCCUUGGUGGAUGUACCGGCAGCAGAUGACGAGGUCGGAGAUGAGAUGGACGGCGACCUGGCGGGGGGUGUCCUGCCAGGGCGGCUCCUGGUGGAGGUGCUGCGCAGGCUGCCACCGAAGGAACUGAUGGCGGCGGCGGGAGUGUGUAAAGGAUGGAAAGAGUGCGUAGGUAGGGUGUGGAGGGCCGCGGAAGAGCUGAGGAUCAGGGUUCCCAGGAGGUCGCAGGUCGGCUUCGUGGGCUCGGUGCUUCAGAAGUGUGGCUCAUUGGUCCGCCUAUCUCUUCGUAUGGAAAGGUUAGGGUUUCUUAUUCAUAUCAAAGAAUGCAAACGGAGAGUUAAUGGACGAAUCUUGGAUCAGAUGUUUGAUCACCAGGUUGUAUCCCUUGAAUAAAACGCAAAGGGCAAAUUUAUGAUGUGGGGUUAAGGUCUGAGUUCCUUGUUUUCGAUCCAUAUGUUCGAGACCUUGGUGUCUGAACAAGGAAAUGUAGUCGAUCUAAUUAGGUUAUGUGGGAAGUUGCUUGCUGACAUGUGUGGGACAGGGUUCACCAUGGAUGUCUUUAAUCUUCUCGGGGUUUUAUGAGCUAGAGGGUAUUGGCUGAGAAAGCAAGUUAUGGAGAUGAAAAGCUGAUUUUCUUCGUAUUAUUCCCCACACGGCUGUCACUUCCUUGUAAUGAAAGGAGCUCCCUUUUUCUUAGACGCAGUAAAAAAAAACUUGUGCGGAUUACUCGAGCACGAUGAAAUACAGAUUAAAAACCAUUAGUAGAUCCAGAUCUGCAAGCUUGGUGGUUGUGGAUCUCACAGAUGAAGUACUCAACUUGGAUCGGAUGGCAUUUUAUCUCUUUUGGGGAGUAUCUUUUUUCUUUCUAUAUUUUAUCUAUAGCGUAGAUAACCAGUGGCGACUGCAGUAGGUUCAUCUAGAUGUGUGCUGUCUUAUGAUGAAGUGAAGUGAAUGUUUCAUUGGAUCUCAGAUCUGGACAGCGUAUUGUAUACCACCCGUUCUAAUAUUGCCCUCAACAUUAUUCUUUCCAUUGUAAUCAUUCCCUCAACUAUUUUGUCAUUUAUAAGUUCGAAAGAGAAUCUCUGUGCUCGGUUUGACGGUUUCGCUGAGGUUCUUGACGGGCUUUUUUUAUUGCAGUGAUUUUAACGCGACAGAUCUUGCUUGCGUUGCAUUUUCUUGCCCAAACCUGGAAGCUAUGGAGAUAACCAUCCAUGAUGGUGCAGUUAACCGUAUAGUUGGGUAUGAUUCUGAUGCUCCAGCAUUUACUAUCUCUAUAGUGUCUCAUUUUGAAAACAGUCCUUUUGGGAUGUACAACAAUCUAAUUGUUGUUUUGAAUGUAUUUCUGCAUAUUGAUAUUGAAAGAAUCAAUGGCCGUGUAUUCCUGUAUUCCUCUCCGCUAUGCCUUAACUCAGUCAGUUUUUGUGGAUAAAUAUCUAAUCAUGAAAAUUUUAGAGCAAUGAUUGAAGGUGUGAUUGGCGCAGGUUGUGAUUGUUUAGUGUGAUUAUUUUCUUUCGCAGCCCUGAUAUGAAAUAAAAAUUAGAUUUUAUCAUAUAAUCUUUGUUUCAGAUACUUGUUUCAACCUGAAAAGGGAAAAAUAGAAACCUUCGGAAUGCAGUUUGGAUAUUCAUUUUUAUUGGAGAAGAAACCUGUUGAGAGAGACAACUAGGACCGGAGUCAACUCAUUUAUUUUCCUUCCACAAUUCCGUAGAUUUUAGCUAUCUUUAUUUCUUUAGAAUGAUCGUCUUGCCUCAGCAAUUCUGACUUUCUUCUGAAUUCUGAAAAGUAUCUGUGUCUUCAUUAGGUUACAUGCAAUAUGCUGCAAUUAUGUAUGGUAUGUACAUAUUAACCAAUGUUUCCUUUGUCUGGCGCAUUUCAGAGAUGCAUUAGGCCGUUUCGUUGCUGAAAAACGUUCUCUUACCAGCCUUAAAAUUGAAGGUUGUUCUAACCUCGGAUUUCUCAACCUCUGCUCUUCAAGUUUGCUUGUUCUUUGGCUGUCUGACCUCCAUUGUCUCUCUAAAUCAGUAAGUAUGCGUAGCCUUAUCUAUAUCUUAUGACUUGGUCAUUUCUCCUCGUCAAUGCAACUACUAUUUUCGUCAACGAGUUUAACAUCCUCUUCUUGUAUCUGCAGGUCAUUAGCUGUCCUAAUUUAAAUGAGAUUUCUCUGGACUUUGGUCGACAAGAUAAUGAUUCUACAGAUCUUGCCACAAUGCUGGAUAGUCUUGGUAGAACGUGUCCAAAAUUGAGGAACGUACACAUUGCAUCAACCCGAUUGUCUAAUUCGGCCGUGCUUGCCCUGACUGGAGCAAAGCUGAGGUCCGUGAAUGAGUCUGCAUAUAUUCUCUUGUAGAGAACCAUGCUAUAGCUUUCAUAUCCUUCUUAAAGGGAGUUUGCUUUACUUUUUUUGGUCUUGUUCAGUUUCAUUAACGUAUUUAUCUCUCUCUCAGGGAUUUACGCAUGCUUUCUUUGGUACUCGGUUCAAAGAUUACCGAUGCAGCUGUAGCCUCCAUCGUGUCCUCAUAUACAGACCUAGAGUUACUUGAUCUUAGCGGGUAAAUCUCUCCCUAACUUGACCUUUCACUAUGCAGGAUGGAACUCUUCAUAAGUAGUUUCAGUUGUUAUUUCGCUUGGAAUUCAAUUCAAAUGUUCCUGGUGUAUUUUAAAUUGUCAACUGACGCAAACGUUUUCCCCUUGACCCAGAUCGAACAUUAGUGACAGUGGCAUUGGAAUGAUAUGCAAUGUAUACCCUGACACUCUAUCUAGGCUUCUCCUGGCUCUUUGCCCCAACAUCACAUCAAGUAAUUGAUCUCCUAAUCUCUUAGACGUAUUCUUACUCUCUUUUCCCCCCUGGCAGUGUGAGAUGCAUGUUCUUACCUUCUCCCUGGUAUCCUGUCCACGCUUCAGGUGGCAUCCAAUUUGCGACAGCUCAGUUACCUCUCCUCCAGCUCAUCGACUGUGGCAUGAGCAUGCGCGAUGUGGCAUCCCAGAGUGAUGCCCCUCAAGAAAAUCUGCUCCAUGAUGAUGCGGCUGAAGACCCUCGCAGCUGUGAGAGGCCAACGAGGAAACUUCAGCCCAUGUACCAAAAGCUGAUCAUCAAGCAUGGGCAGCUAAGGAAGCUCAGCUUGUGGGGUUGCUCUGCCUUAGAUGUGAGCUUACCCUUACUUUAUUCUAUUGCCUUCCACGCCCAAUCUCAGUUCUUCACUCAGGCGUUGAUGUUUGUUCCUUGCAGGCCUUGCACUUGAACUGCCCAGAGCUCACUGACCUCAACCUAAACUCGUGCACAAAUUUGCACCCAGGUGCGUUUCUUUGUGUCCCCUCAGACUUCUGAUUGGGCGGCGAUGCUGUUUGUUUUCUCCGGGCUGAACAGUCCCAACUUUUUCGUGUUGUUUCAGAGAGGUUGCUCCUUCAGUGUCCCAAAUUAGAAAUGGUCUCUGCUUCUGGCUGCCAGAACUUUCUCAUCGGAGCUGUUCAUGACCAGGUACAUCCUUCAAUUCUUCACAUCAUUUUGUAUUAUUUCUCUCCGAUUCUUCCUUGCAACCUGAAUGGUCAACUGGGAUCAGUGAGAGCGCCACUGGCCCUCUUCACCUGCGGCCACCAUCACAAGGCCCCAGAAUUAGAAUCCUGAAAGAGGAGUUGAAGCGGGUUUCAUCUGGAUCUAUGAACAGCACGGGCCAUGCAAUAUGUUCAUCUAAUCUGAUGCUGAUUAUUUUUUGCCUGCGAUGAGAACUCAAAUCCUUAACCUUGGAUCAAACGAAAUUCAUCACUCUCUAGUGAAGUAUUCAAUCAUCAUGGGAGCGCCAGAGAUGGAUGGGGUCUCCCAUCCGCCUGACAAAAAAAAAUUUAUGGGCCAUAGUUACUUGAUCUAAGUUCUGUUAUUUUUAUUUUCUUUGGAGAACAAUCGAUCUGGGCACGAUUGAAUCGGUCUUGGGCUGAUGAGCGAGUCCUCGGUUCUUCCCUCCAGAUCUUAACUGGGCUUCCCAAAGAAGCGAGUCAUCUCCCAUGCAAGCGCCUCGGGGACGGCUCGAAGAGGGUCCAGGCUCCCCAAUUCCUCGUACAGCAGCAGGUAAAGACAUUCGUUUAUUACUAUUUAUAUGUUGAUAUUUAUAUAUUUGUACAUAUUGUGGGGUUUAAUGGGGCGGUCCGCCUGGUACUCUUCCUGACAGGCAUCUGGCGAGAAGCAGGCGUCCCCCAGAUCCCGCUGCACCCUGCUCGUUGACUGA